AUGGUAUCGUUUCUUCUGGCGGAGUUAAGACUACUGUCUACGGACGUCUGUUCUGAUGGACGCGGAUACCGAAACCGAAACCAAAAUUUGUCUAGUGCCCUAAGCGAUUUGGCGCAAAGGAGGCAAAUUUGUAUUGAACAAUUCUAUCUGGAAAAAGGGCACACUAUGAUGGAGGUAGAUAGUGUUCACUCCACUAUUGAGCAAUACACAAAACCACCAAUAUUCGCUCCCAGUGAUUACAUCGCAAGGAUGAGUCAAGCUCGACCUCAAAAGCCCUAUGAUAUCAAAUCUGUUCACUAUGAUUUCUUUCUCAAUUUCGAAGAGAUGAGGAAUGAAGAAAGGAGAUCCUGUCGUGGUGGACAU